UAACAGGAUGGGUUGGUUUCGGUUUAUCAGGAAAUGGAAACAUGUUUCCUGGUGACGUAGCUGUCGGCUGGGUGCUAGAUAAUGGGACUGUACACUUUUCUGACCGCCAUACAGUGGGGCAUAGUAUGCCAGUUAUGGAUAAGUCCCAGGACUGGCAUCUGUUAUCCGGCGAGGAAAACGAUUUUGGUACAGUACUUAAGUUUGUCAGAAAAAUCAACACAUGCGACGAUGCCGAAGACAAAAUAAUAUCUGAAACAACUACUCGUUUGAUAUUUGCUUACGGAAACCACGACCCUGCUGACGAACACUCUAUAACAUACCAUGAUACCACCAGAGGAACAAAGAGCGUCUCUUUGCUUAUACCGAAUACGGCUAAAGACAAUCUCCCGACAAACGUCAAACAUUAUGAUUUCUUGAACAAUAAUUUUUUGGUACCAUCAGCAACGACAACAUACUUUUGCAGAGGAUUCAAAAUGCCUAUGAUUGGGAAACACCAUAUGAUUAAGUUCGAGGCUAUUGUGACACCUGGGAACGAGCUCAAUAUUCACCAUAUACUACUCUAUAGAUGUCGAGUUAGCUCCCCUGACUCAUAUGAUGGUAAAUCCAAUCUUUGUUAUGACAAACAAAGAACCCUGCCACAAUGAUCAAAUAUGAUUGUUGCAUGGGCAAUUGGUGGAGAGCCAUUUUAUUUCCCUAAUGACCUCGGGUUUUCCGUUGGUGGGCCUGACGAUGAAUUUUUCUACAUCAUGGAGACGCAUAUCGACAAUCCAACACGAAAAUCUGACAUGAUUGAUAAUUCUGGGAUUCGGAUUACAAUAACGCAAUCUUUGCGUAAACAUGAAGCGGGUAUGUUACAGUUGGGUCACCUGGUCGGUUAUUCUCAGAUCAUACCACCAGGCCAAAAACAGCUCUUAUCAAAGGGUUACUGUAGCGAAGAAUGUGUACGGGAGGGAUUUCGGCAGAGCAAUUUGACAGAGAUCAAGAUUAUCGGUUCAGUGCAGCACUCCCACUUGCUUGGUGUUGGUAUGACGACACGUCACUUUAGAAACGGUUCUGAGCUGAAACCGCUAGUGGAUGAUCCAAACUAUGAUUUCAAUUUUCAGGCAAUUCGUGUGUUACCCAAGGAGGUGUCUGUGUAUCCUGGUGAUAGUUUUCGAACUGAUUGUACCUAUGAUUCUACCACGAGAACUGGCCUUACCCUUGGCGGUUUGUCAACCCGGGAAGAGAUGUGUCUGACCUUUGCCUACUAUUAUCCUAGAAUGAAACUUGAAUAUUGUGAAUCAGAACCAGCGUUUGACGCUUUUGGAAUUGAUCCGCAGAAUUUGUUUCACGACCUGUCUAUGUUAGACUGGACCAACAAAACCACAGUAGACUGGGCACUUUCUACCAUAAACAAGGGCAAAAUCCGUCAAGAAUGCGGCGGAGAAAAAUUUCAGCACCAGGCUACCCAGUUCUACCACCCGACUGAGCCCGCCCACCCUUACGUGCCACCACCAGCAAACUGCUCCUAAAUGACGUACAAAUUACACAUUGAAUUAACAUCAUGAUUUGUGUUAAUAAAUGUUAACAUGUUCAUUCUCAAAUACACUGGAUUUCAUGUG